GUUUUCGAGUGGCGCGAAACAACAACGAGUGAUACAAUUACUCUAGCUGAAAGUCAAGAGAAGAGUUUUUGACAAGUGUUAGUUGAUUAUUUUCCAAGUUUUUUUUUUUAGUGUUGGCCAGUGCUUUGGACCAGUUUCGAAGCUUCGCUUGUUUUUCGAACAAGCAUCCCCAUCAAAGUAAACACAUGAAAAGUCAUGCCAAUGGAAGCUAGGACAGUAUUAUGAUGAACUUGCUGGUGGUGAAGGAGAGCGGCGAGCGGAUCGCCGACAUCAGCUGUAGCCAGGAGCAUACUACCCAAUAUUUACCAAAACUGUCCCAAGUAGCCAAACAUCGCAAGCUGGCGCAGCUCGAGAUUGCAUCAGGAUCGGGAUUUUUGGGAUCAGGAACGGGAACCGGAACCGGAAGUGGGUGCGGUCCAGCUAUUCGGUGGCAGCUACUGCUACUGCUGCUGCUCUGUAACUGCAUUGAUCUUACCGUUUCGAACAAAAUCUCCUCAGUGGGCGCCUUCGAGCCGGACUUUGUGAUUCCGCUGGAGAACGUGACCAUCGCCCAAGGUCGGGACGCGACCUUCACGUGCGUGGUGAACAAUCUCGGGGGUCAUCGGGUGAGUGGUGACGGUUCGUCAGCCCCAGCCAAGGUAUGUAUCGGUUUCAAGCGCAGCGUUGAAUUCUCAACUUCCGUUCCGUUCCGUUCCGUUUCGAUUAGUUUCCGGUUCGUUUCGUUUCGACUCCUUUCGUUUUGUUUCCGAUCUCUUCCGUUCCGUUUCAUUUGUCAUUUCAAGUGCACAAUAUGCAUAUAA